CUACACCUUCUCCCAUAAUGCACCUCAUUCUUUUUUAUUCCCAUAAUACCCCGCUCUAAACUCUCUCUGCACCAGUCAAGAUGGCGGACAGACCAGUUCCCGUAGCUGAUAAGAUGCUGAGGGACGUGAAGCUGGGUGAGCUGGGAACCUGGCUCGGAGGUCGCGACUUCACUCCCAAUGGCAUCAUCGCAGCCAUGCGCAGGGGCCAUGAGAGAUACUACAACAAGUACAUUAACGUGAAGAAGGGAGGCAUCGGUGGUAUAACUAUGCUGCUGGCUGGCUACGUGGUCCUCAGCUACAUAUGGGAAUAUGACCACAUCAAACACGAUCGCUGGAGGAAGUAUCACUAAGGCCCUUCAGCAGCCAUCAGACCUCCAGGGGUCGAACUUUGAAGCUCUCUGUUCCCCCUGCUCUUUCUACUCUCAGCUCCAUGUUCAAUAUGUAACUGUUAACGACCAAUAAAUAAUAUGAAGAUUUAUUGUUGGA